GGGCGUGGGGCUGGAGCGGCCGGUGGUGACGCCGCCUUUGCGGUGGCGAUGGAACCGUCUGCUGUGCUGGCAAGGGCAGACGAACCGACGAUGACGUUCAUGACGACACCGAUGGCGUCAGGAAUGAGGUUUACGGUAACGAGCGGGGACGAUGGGACCGGGCGGCCGACCGAUCUGCUGACGAGGCAAGUCCAGAUUGCGGUAGCCGACAACGACGACGACGGCGGCGGCGACGAUGAUGACGAUGCUGGUGGCGGGGGAGGGCAGAGUGACGCUGCAGCCGAAGAGCACAUGACCCAGAUCGCCCGCGAGCUACUGAGGCCGGGCGUGCGGGCCAUUCUCGAUUUCCAGGAAAACCUGAGGAGCCAGAGCGGAGCCGGUUACGGGAGCGGGGGUGGCAGGGUGGGGGGCGGGAGUGGGGUGGACCCGCUGCCGCCGACGCGGUCGCCAUCGCCAUCGGCGGCACCGCCGCCCAACCCGGCGCCGCCGCCGCGCGAGACGGUGGCAGCUGCCAGGCGAAGCCGGAAGCGGAAGCGGACGGCGGACAAGGGCAAGGGUCCGAAAGUGGAUCACAAGAGCCGGCUCAAGGCAUAUCGCGGCAACAUGACGCAGGCGUGCAACGAGCUGCGGGAUGUGGUGCCGGAUGGAUUCCGUAGCUCCAGCUCGCGGGUGGCGGUGGUGCAGGGCGCGGUGGCGUACAUCCGGGCGCUGCAGCAGGCGCUAGUGGAGGGCGGGGUGCAGGCGCCGCGCGGCCCGGAGAGCCGGGAGCUCUCGCAUGUCGAGGUGGCGAAUCAGGCGGUGCGGCGGAUUGGUGAGAUGGCGCGGCUAGUGGAGGAUGAGCUGGUUGUCGGACAACGACGGGUCGCAGUCUGA